CACCAGGAGACACGCACGAGUGUGGAAGUACACCACCGAAAUAACUAAGAUUUCACCCUCCCACCGAAAAUGUGAUAAAUCUUAAACAACGGCCAGAAUUAAAGCAGAUUUUGUCAACAUGCGGAGGAAAAUGUACAUAUUUUUGUUAGUAAAUCUAGUACUUUCCACGGAUCUCGCCCUUGGGAGUCCAAACAACAAAAAAAUUGGAAAUAAAAUACCACAAAAUAAACACGUCAGUAAAGACGAAACUAAGAAUGAGCGCUCCAAGAGAGCCCUCCUUGAAGAGGAAGAACAUCCCUUUUGGCCUAACAGGGGUAAGAAAGAACUAAUUAAUUCAGACUCAGAAAAUGAACAAUUUUGGGCCACCAGGGGCAGGCGGGAAUCUUCAGAAGAAAACUACAUGGAAGACAAAACUUACACCCCUCAAAAGGGAAGACUUUGUAAAAACUGCUACCCAAUCGGAAAUUCUGAUGCGAUUUAUGGAAAUAUGAAGCACACGAGAGAUGACACCUCACCAUUUUGGGGCAUGAGGGGCAGACGUGAUUCUGAUGAAGUGGAAGAAGAUCUUUUCUGGGGCAGCAGGGGCCGAAGGCACGAAGUCGAGCCUUUCUGGGGAAACCGGGGAAGGCGAUAUGAGGAUACACCGUUUUGGGGCAAUAGAGGAAGGCGGGAAGAAGAACCUUUCUGGGGCAAUAGGGGCAGACGUGAGGAAUCACCUUUUUGGGGCAAUCGUGGAAGACGGGAAAAUGACGAGCCCUUUUGGGGAAACAGAGGCCGGAGGGAGGAACCCGUAGUGGGGCCAGGGAAUAGAGUUCGGCAGGAAGAUUACGAACCAUUCUGGGGAAAUCGUGGUAGAAGAAAAGAGUCGGAAUCCUUUUGGAGCAGUCGCGGCAGACGCAAGCAGGACCUGAAAGAAGCUAUACUUAACGCCAUAAGUGUUGUCGAAAAAGACAUUGAAAAUUUAUCACGUCUAAGGAGAAACAGCGACGACCAGGACACAUUUUUGGACAACAAAUCUAAAGAGAGACGACUCCAGCAUUUAGUCAACGAUCCGUUAAGAACACACCAAAGCUUUUUGAAAACAAACGAAGACCCGGGAACUUUAUUGGAUAACACGAUGUAUGUUGAGCAACCGCACUAUGUCGUAGUCGAAAGGAGCAGUCGCUCAUCAGCUGAAGACGAUCCAUUCUUCAUAUCUCGAGGAAAAAAGUAUUUCUUGAACUUCGAUUUGGAAAAGGCUGUGAGAGACCGGCGCGGGGCCAUAGAAGAAAUCGUGAAGUCAGUCAGAAACGACCCUUUUUAUAUUGCGCGAGGCAAAAAGGAUGCAGAGUUUGAUAAGAAAGGCAACUCCACAAAGGCAAUGUCCACUUUGUCUCGCGAGGAGUUUCUCAAGGCGAGAGAACUUAUUUGUUCGACUAUUGACUUGAUCGCAAAUAAAAAUGGGAAAAAUAAACGUAACACCUCACUCCAGAAGCUGGCGGCUCAACUACAGAUGGACCCUUACUACGUGAGCCGUGGCAAGAAGACUGAUACCACUAACUCUGACAGUUUGGAGGAUUUCAUUAAUGAAGUGGCUGCUAAAUGUAAUUGAAAAUUAACAAGGAUUUAAGUAUAACACUUAAAACGAAAACCAGGUACUCGAAAUGUAAAAUGUUGUUGUUUUCAAUACAAUGAUAUAAUUUAUUAAAACAAAC